UAACGAGGAACAGAUUCAAGAUGGCGGACGAUGGGCUUUUGACAUUGCAUUGAAACGGCCAAAAUUUUACUGUACGCUUCUAAUUUGAAGCCAGUAAAGUUUAUYUAAAAUGGACCAUAACAUAAGGAAUCUCAUACACGUCGCCUCAGCUGAAGAUAACAACGAAGCACUGAAUGAGGCUUACAUAAAACUCAAAAAUGAGCGCCAAACWACGAGCACGAACGUCGAUGCAGUUUUGCCAGAUCUUUUCGUUCUUUGUGCCGAAACUGCUUUUAACCUCGGACAAACAGAAAUGGCAGAUGACUGCAUCAAAAUGUUCUUCAUGAAGACACCACCGUCAAAUCAGUUCUUYUGCAGGGCAUACCUUUGCCAAGCCCAGCUUAAUGCACCAACAUCAUCAAAAAACCCAGAGCAACUUGAUAAAGCUGURGAGUUUCUGCUAAAAGCCAUCAACUUCUCUAAGAAAAAUCCAAGAUACUAUUUUCUAGUUUACAAUGCAUCAGUUCUAUAUUGGCAGUUUUGCAGACCAUUUCUCAAGCCUAAUUAUCGCCAGUUUUUGGCUAAAGUUCGACAUAGAUUGAUUGAUAUCUCAAAAGUCUCUAGAGAAAUCAAAGCAUCAACAGAGCUGCAUUCAUUCUAUAAGUUGCAACGUGUCAGAGCCCUAAUUGAUGCUGGUGAAAAGGUUGAUAUCCCACAAGAACUUGGCAAGAUAUAUAAACUCAUUGUAAAAGGAUCUACUGAGAAUGAUAGAUCAAGCACAGAAAUGUCCAAUGUCACUGCUGUUACAACACCUGGAUUGAUGGGUUCAACAAUGGCUGGAAUUCCUGACAAGGUUCCUCUUCUGAUUGACCUGGCAAGACUUUGCCUGGAAAAUGACAUUCAUGAAUUGGCUGCAGAUUGUCUGGAAAUCUUAAGAGGUCCAGGCUGUUCAAAGGAUCCUAGUUCCUCCUUUGAAAUUGAGUUCAUGAAGUUUGACUUGAUGGUCAAGUCACUUGGAGACAAGAAAGAAUUGUACAGUAAGAAUGUGGUAGAGACUCGAAUACAAGCAAUUAGAAAGCUGGAACAAUAUCUGAUUACAGCCACAAGACUUGGGAAUCCAAAUGUUAUCCAGGCUGGCUGUGUUACACUGUGGAAUCUUUCUCUGCCUUUGCUUCAACCCAACCUUAGACACCAUGUACGYAAACCCCUYACUUUAGUUGCUCAGUCACUGGAGGACAUUGACAGUUUACUUGUUUUACUGCGUUGUCAAGUUCAUAUGGAACUAGCUAAGUGUGAAGAGGAUGAAGACCAACUGGAAUAUGCCCUGACUCACCUGCAGAAGGCUUUGGACAUGGAUGACUCUGGUCAGUAUCGUGACAGGCUUACUACUGCACUGACAAGGCUGAAACUGAGGGCUACACUGUACCAGACACCGGAAAGACCUGAAGACUUAGCGGCAAUGAUUAUAGAACAGGCUCAUUCCAGUAAUGAUUCAAGUACAGUCCGUAUGAAAAGGGCAUCAUUAGUCAAAGCAGGAGAAGCUCUGUCACCUGAUGCUUUUGUGCAAGUACUUGACAGUGAGAGUGACACUAAGGACCCGUCGGCCAAUAAAGGUCCACCUACUUUGUUAAAUAAGCUUGCUGGUAGAGCAAAGCAAUUUCAAAAGGCUGUUAGCAAAGCAAGUGGUCACUUGAAGAGACUGGGCAAUGAGAAUGACCAAGAAAGAGUUCGUAUUUGGGCUGACUUAGCUAAAACUGCCAGGAAGCAAGAAGUUUGGGAUGUAACYAGGGUAGCUGCUCGAUUUUGYCUAUUAUAUGACAAUGGKCGUUGGUCCAAAAGAGGGGCAAGUGGUCGCAGCAUCCCAAUAGAUGGUGACCAGGAUGAGGGUGAUAAYCAAGUCCAAWCCACWGGURCUAAGGAAGCUUYCCAGGAAAARCGUGGUGGUCYAACCACAGAACCAAGCAAACUAGACCCUACUGGAAUGAAAGUACUACAGCCACAAGGGAUGACACCCUUCAAGAAGGAACAAGAUCUUCUUAGGACACUUGCUGAAGUUCACUUUAUCUAUGCUGAGGCUUUAGUCCAUUUACUAAGAAUUGAAGGGAUACAACUGGGUGACUGUCCAGUACCCCCUGAGGAUACUAUUAAACUAAGACCAAAACGAUAUGAAGAACAGCAAGUAAAUGUUGAAGAGCAACCAGAGUGGGUGACUUACAGGGACUGGAUCACUUCGUUAUCCAAAGARGCUAUCUACUCAUUCCAGCGAGCUGCUGAACUUGGUGAAGAACUGAARGAACCAUGGUUAAUCUGYAACUCAGCUGUUUAUCUGUGGAAUUACACAAACCAUAUCCUAGCCCAGGGAAGAUUCAAAGAGAUUGUCGCUAUCUAUGAACCUGUAUUAGCAGCUAUGAAAACAACUGGYCAUGCUGGAGAGACAGUUUUGAUGUGUCAGCUAUGUAAUGCAAUAGCMCAAGGAUUAAUGCAGCCAUGGAUUCCAAACUUAACCGUGGCUAACCCACCGUCAGCAGUAACAAAGGACAAGGCAGAAAAAACUGACAAAGGUGCUAAAGGAAGGCAAAGUGGUAAAGGAGCAAAAGGAGCYGGACAGUCUAAGAUGAAUGCUCAGGCAGUUACUGUGGAUCCUGAGGGUACUGGAGACCUUAAGAAAGCUCUAGAUUUGUUGGAGUUUAUUAUGAAUGUUACCAAUGGCAACGAACCUAAAAACCUUGUUCCCAUCAGUGUCAAGCAUCCCUUAAUCAAGAACUGGGUGUUUUGCAAACAAUUACUCAACCAACCAGUUCCAAAGAACUUUGGUCAUGAUGACGAGAACCCCCACAGUCAGGGACCAAUGUCAAAGGCACUGUGUGCUGUUGAGAUGAUAUCUUUACAAGGCAAUGGUUUGCCGGAGAUUCCACAAUGUCCAACUUUACCUGAGGUUGUUAGGAUGGUUGAGCAGAGUAUUUGGAGUGAUUGUCUUGUAGAGCUGGAGGUUUGGAGUAGACUUGCUGUGUUGGCUUUCAAUCAAGAGAAYCAYCAGCUUGUMAUGCAGUGUGGAGGCAAAGCUAUGCAGUUUGCUGAKAGUGAUCAAGGCCUUACCAAGAAACAACCUAAAAAGCCUGACAGUGUCUUCAAACACAAACUAAUCGUGGAGCAAGAAUUGCUUCAUUAUGGUAGUGUUGUAAUGGGCCAAAGUCUGAUCAAAAACAUGCAGGGAAGAAAUGAGAUACGGCGAGAUGCUCUKAUCUGCUUUGUAAAUGCUUGCAGGUUUGGUCAACAGGCCAACAACUAUGAUCUAGUCAUCACUGCAGCUCGCCAUUACUGGAAUGCCAUCAAGCCAUUUAUAAGUGAACCAAUAGAAAGAGAGCUUCUUAAAGACCCUUUGGAGGCUGUGUUAGGUUGCAUUGCCGCAGUGGCGGGUAAAGAUCUUGGAAGGGAAGAUGAGGAUGAGGAAGAAGAAGAACUACCAAAGAAGGACAUUAAGAAAGAAAAGAAGGUCAAGACGCCAAAACCUGCCAAAACAGAGAAAUCUGACAAGAAAGGAAAGGAAAAAGUAGAAGACAAGAAGAAAGACAAAGGUGACARGGGUAAAGCUCCACCAUCACCYAGCAAGACAGAGAGAGCUGACAGCAAAGAGAAGGUUAAAGAUGAACAAAAGCCCCCUCCCCUCCCUAGUGCAUUUGAUGAAGAUCUUAUGAUGAGGGCUGCUAUGUAUGGAGUUCUGUUUCAAGCAUACGCAGACAAGCAUGACUGGGAACAAGGUCUUAGAGCCAUGGAUCAAGCAGUUAAAGACAUGCCAAGGACACAUCACAGACUACUGAUAUUUAAGCAUCGUGUCAUUACUAAUGCCAAACUUGGUCGAAAUGUGGUCUUUGAUAUGGGGAAAUUUAAGAAUGAAAGUGAUGAUGUGAUAUCUACRAUGUGGCGACAUGUAGCGCUAAACUCYAAGGAUCCACUGGAUCAACUGACAGCCUAUCAAAAUGCUAUUGAAGUCCUUGAGAAGCCAGAAAGUGACUGGCAGAAAGUUGAUUAYCUGGUUGAAUUUGGAGAAUGGUUGUUUGUGAAUGAGUAUCCAAGAACAGAUGCCAUGGAUCAGUUCCUUUGGGCAGCAGACAUUCUUCUAAAUAUGUCAGUACAACAGCAAUCCACUUCACCAGAUGUGGAGCCUGACAGUAUGAGYGAGUCAAGUGUAGACACAGCGAAGUAUAUUCCACGUGAACGUCAAUCAGUGAUUGGACAACGCCCAUCAGACGUCAAYAUCAARGCUGAGGAGAUAACUGAUGUUCGACAACUAGAAACUCUGUGUCGUAUUCAUGUUAUGCUAGCUCAAGUAGCGGGACGUUCUUCUCCUCACUAUACGGACUAUGUAUUAAUGGCGUAUGGCUUUGUGCAGAGGAUUUUACAGAUCUCCAUCCAUUCUGCAGAAAAAAUGAUUCGUGAUGGCGGGAAGCCUGGUGAGCGUGCUCCAUCUAAACGUGGCAAAGAGAAAGGGAAAGAGACCCAAACAAAGCCAGAAAAGGCUGGAGCAAAGUCAUCAUUGCCAUCAUCCAUGGAGAACUGGUCGACAUUUGAACUGCCUGAGAAGCUACAAGAGUACUUCAAGUGUGAUAUCACAGGGACAAUGAUUAGUAAAAAUACCAUCCAAAAACCUAUGUUGACCGUUCAUUAUCUUGACGUCAUGUUGAAUGAUUUGUGURAACUUGGCUAUCAUCAUCUUGGGCUUCCUGUGGUGGCCAUGUUACAAAUCAUCGCUGAUACGAUUCUACAGAAUGAACAUUUACAAAGRCUCGUGCAUCUCAAUGUUUAUUAUAACGACCAACUCAUUGUUUCUUUUGCUGAGAUUCUUAUAAGACAGGGUCAUUAUCAAACAGCUCGUCAGCUUCUUUUUGAAGCCAACAUUUCUGCAAGAGCAUUUGAUGACCACCACACUCUAUCAUCCAUACUCGUUCAGUUGGCUGUACUUGGACUGGCUGAAUCUAACUGGGGUCAAGCGAUAUCCUUAUUACUUGAAGCCCAGAAAUUGCAAGGCAGUCAAAAGUUUUGGCUCGAAACAACCCUGCUUAUGAUCGAAGCUUGUCUGAGUAAAAGUGACAAACAUGCUGUUAGUCCAAAUAAACCUGCUGAAGAAGCAAUUGAGAAGGCAUGCGGUAUCAUUAUGGAAGCUAAGUCAUUGUUCCAAGCAUUAUCAGAGGAAAAUACAAACAAGGCCAACAUGGCGGACUAUAUUGAAGCUGUUCUUGAAGCAAGAAUGGGAAAUCUUUUGUGUGAUUAUCUGAUGAAAGAUGCUUCCUGCAGCAAACUAGAUCAGGAUGUUGUCAAGAAAUGUAAAACAGCUUACCAGUAUUUAAGUGGAGCGAGAGAGAAGUUCAUUCAGCUUGGUUAUCGUAGGGAAGCUGUUAAAGUCAUGACGAAGGAGGCAGCCAUCAAGAAAAUGUUUGCUGAAAGUGCUCAAGACAGUCAAGGACGACAUCAACUCCURAUGGAGGCAUAUGGUAUCCUUAGCGAAGCAACUAACAUUAUUGAUGCUGUCAUGUCUGAUGUGGUUUCUACAUCCACUCUUUCUGAGAUGCGACAAGUCAGUCUUCCUGUACAUCGUGAAAGUGUUGAAGUCCGUCUACAGUUGACUGAUUUGAUGGUCAAUAUGUUUCUGUGCUACUCACAAGAGACUCGUAUCAAGAGAGAACACGAGGCUAGGAAAGGAAGCAUGCAAAAGCUGAUUGAUGACUUUGUGAACAGCGACGAUCAAAAAGAAAUCAAAGAAGACUGGGAACAAACGUGCAAAUCCCUAAUCGUUGAUACUAUGCUACAACUCUCUGCGGCCAACGGUGUGGCYAGUGGUAUUCCUCAUCUAAAAGCAAAGAUUAUGUAUAAUCUUGGCCUGUGUUUAAGAGCCUUGUCAGCACAUACGGCUCCUGAUGCCGAGGAACAGUGGAAGGAAGUAGAAAUGGAUGCAUUGCUUGAGGAUAUCAACACCACAACUAAAGACGAACCACUCGAUGAAACAAAAGACGGYGAAGAGACUGAGGGUGAAUCUAAGCCUAACGCCGAUGCAUCACGUGACUUGCUUAAAUACACUUCUCAAGCACUGAGUCUCAAGCGCGAGCUUGAAACAUCGAGAAAGUACAUGGGGCAAGCAGUAGAGUGCUUAUCGCAAGCCGUCCAUAUUGGAUUAAAGGCAAACUUGCGGGAAGUGGUUGGUCAAGCUUGUCAUCAGUUGGUGGAGUGUAUUGGUAUGCAUGACCCGUCAUCAGCCGUGCAGUAUCUUGCGCUAUAUCAGAGCUGCUAUAUGUCCCAAUGUCUAGAAAAUGUCUUGUACAGCGCUCAAGCAGACCCAUCACUAUCAAGACAAGCAGCCCUGUUACGUCAGAGGAAGAUAUUGUGCGAUAUUGAAUACCUAUCGGACCAAUCAUCGACCGUUCUGUCUUCCAACCUUAGUCAUCUUGGAGAUCAUUGUGAGUCAUGGAGACGAUUAUCAAUCAUGGAGGCACAUCUUCAACUUACUAAAGAAUUCUCUGUUACCAGCAUGCAAUUUGUCGUGCUGCAGCAUUCACCUGACAGGAAAUACUUAUAUGGUGCUGUGCUGGACAAAGGACGAUCRGCUACACAAAGCGGCAAGCCCAACAAACAAACAGGUGGUGCCCCAGCUCCUUCAAAAGCUAUCAUUACACGUGCCAUGGUUAAUCCUAAAGACUUGGAUAAUCUAAUCGAAGAAUUCCAACAUUUUAAAAGUGAAACGUCCUCAGAAUUGAUGAGRCGAAAUUAUAUUCGGCGUCAACGUGAACAACAAACUAAAAUGUUGGGACGAAUGGAGGAUAAUUUGGAUGCKAUUUCAGAGAUGAAAGUUCAAUCAGAAACAAACAUUGCUGACCAGGAAAGUAGACUUGAGGCUCAUUUUCAUAAUGUUGUCGCGGCUAUGGAGGCAUAUCUCGACCCGGUAUUAACCAAACUUCAGCUUGCACUCAGUCCAGAYAUCAUAUCUGAUACGGUGGUUCUUUUGGCCGAUGAUUACAUUCAGCAUCUUCCUGUAGAGUGUCUCAAGACGUUCCUAGUACCUCGUGUCACGUCGUUUAGUCGAGACUUCUCGYUACAGUUCUUGUACCAUAGACUCCAUCACCCUGACGAUGGAGACGGCAAGAAUGACAAUAAAAAGGGCGGUGGAAAGAAGGCUGGUGACAAGGGAAAACCUGAAAAACCAUCAACAGCAAAGUCUAAACCCAGCGAUAAGAAGGGAGGAAAGGAUAGUUUGGCGGGUAUUCCUAAAGAAGGUCCCGUKGUUGACAUCAACGCUGUACGAUAUAUCGUGGAUCUCUAUGAUGAAUGUGAUAAUGAAGAUGAGGCUGAUAGUCCAGUUAAAGUGAUGACAGAUCUAAUCGCUAAAURUAARAAUCUCACUGGCAAAUGGGCRGGUGUCAUGGGUACAGAACACCUACCAAGCAUUGGGGAAUGUCAAAGACUGCUUCUAGAAAGCUCUGCAUUUGUGUUCUACGGWCCUGAGAGAUGUCUUGGUUGCCUGCCGCCACAUAUGCUUGCUCCAAUGAACCUUGCUGAUUGCAACGUCGCCUUUAUCAUGGAUCUUGUUCACACAAGUAAAAGUUUUCCGAGGCAAAGUCGAGCGGAUGCAGGAAAGACUGUUAAUGCCAUCGCAAUGGAGAACCCUUUGGAGUCGGCCAUGUUGUUAUCCUUAGCUGGUGUGGGAUGUGUUGUUACCAAUAGCUGGUAUGGACAACUACAGGACAUCAAGGAYAACCUGACGAAGUAUUUCACAGUCCUUCUCGAGGAAACCAAGACAGUCGGUCAGGCGGCUCGCUCGGUGAUUGAAUUCCCCGAGAUCCCACAACCCGACCAAGACACCGAGAGCACAUCAGAAAAAGGCUCCAAGGGUGCAGAAGGACGAAGAAACAGCAACGCGCCCAUGAGAACGGCUCAACUUGAACGUCGACCGCCGGUCGAUCCCCCUCGUCAUUGGUUCAAUACAGUUGUUUAUGGUAUUCCGUCGGUUUUGCUCACACAAACCAAAGUCUCUUAGAUUUCACUUUAUUAUGGGUUGCCUGUGGUGAAGUUUUCCUGUGUAGGAAUGGGCCACCACAGGUAAUCCACGAUUGACACGUCACAUAAAAUAUUGACACUGUUUUUGUAAUAAAACUUUUAAAAGUGAAUAAAAUUAUAAGAUAUUGAAA